UCCCUAUAUUAUUAUUGUUAUGUUAUUCUCAUUGAACUCACGAGGUCGUCUUGAUAUCAUCCAACUUUGAUAAAAAGAGAUCUAAAGUUAUCAUUAUAAAAUAUUUCUCUUGUCCUUUUAACCUCACGUGAUUGUAACAUAUUCUUUGGCUCGUGAUAACUCGUUAUUUCGUUAUUUCGUAAUUGUAUUAGAAAUAUCUUGCCUUAAUGAAAAGAAGUAUAAGAAAAAAGAUUAUAUAUUAUAAAAAGAAUACUUUUGCUUAUAACAUUCGUAUUCUUUAGCUAUCGGAAAACUUAGUUGGAGGGAAAAAAAUAUCAGAUUCAACGGUUUUUUAUUUAGUUGAAAUAUUUAUUGACAUAAAUAAAUAAAUAAACAAAUAUAUGAAUAAUUCUUUCAAGAAGAAACAAUGAACAAACAGUAGAAUAGUAGUCAUUAUUUUACGUAUUAUGUCUAAUUAUUGAAACAUCGCAUAAAGUUUCCAUUAAUCUUCGUAAAGAUAACAGUUCUUGAUGACACCAGAAACGGUUAAGAAAUAUUCUAAAGAUUAUUGAAAUAUUCAUGUAUUUGCUCGAACGCGCCAUUUCGUUCGUAUUCCACGGAGUAACACGACGUCAAUCGGAGUGCUUUGGCAGUAUCGAGCAGACGACACGAAGCAAAGUAAGGUUAAGUCGACCGAAAGUUUUUUGAUAUUAAAAGAGUAAACGAGACAGAGAGUGAGAGAGAGAGAGAGAGAGAGAGAGAGAGAGAAAUGGCAAGAUUGUUUACAAGAAUAAUUAAGCAUUCUUUUGAAAAAGUGACUUCACAUAAGACUCAAUUAUUCACAAUUCCUAUAUCAACUUCGUUUCAAUCUACUUCACGUAAUAUAACUACAACUCAACGAUUAAGAACGGAAAGAUGGUAUACGGAUACGCAUGAAUGGAUCAAAGUAGAUAAUAAUGUAGGAACAGUUGGUAUAUCUGAUCAUGCACAAGAUGCACUAGGUGACGUAGUGUAUGCUCAACUUCCAGACGUUGGAUCUACCUUUAAAAAAGAUGAGGAAUGUGGUGCAUUGGAAUCCGUAAAAGCUGCAUCCGUAUUAAUAAAUCCUGUCAGUGGAACAAUAAUAGAAAAAAAUGAUGCAUUGGAAAAUAAACCAGGAUUGAUUAAUUCAUCUUGUUAUAAUGAAGGAUGGUUGUAUAAAGUACAACUAAGCCAUCCUGAGGAAAUUAAGGCUCUUAUGAAUGAAAAAGCUUAUGAAUUAUUUUUGAAGUCUGGCUCCCAUGAAAGUGAAAAUCCUUAAAACGGUACUUGUUUGAUACGUGAUCAAAGGGGAGUUUCAGGAGGCAAUCUUAUCGAUAGCCAGCUAAUUACGAGCAAGGAUAAUUGUUGUUCACAAUGCCACAUCCGAACUUGAAAUUUAGCACGCAUAUCAUUCGACGGCUUGGGUACCACAGGCGUCAAAAGACAACCUUCACAGCACUGAAAAAUUUCUUACUAUUAACUAAAGAAUAAUAUAAUCUUAAUGAAAAAUUACUACCUUCGAUCUUUAUCUUAAUAUUAGAUUAAAUAUUUAUCUAUUCAACAACUGUGAUAAGAGAAUAUGGAUGUGUGUUUGUGUCUGUGUUUUUAUUUUAUAUAUUAAAUCAAUAUCAAUAUAUAUAUUUAUAUACUUA